CUUUGCUACUCUUUGCCACAGUCCACCUCCUGGUGCAAGGCUGGGUGAGGUGGGGUCUCUAAUCUAGUGGGAACAUACACCUCCAUCUAGCCAGCCCACAUUUUAGCUCUGCCGAUGAAGGGAGAAGCCCCUACCCUAGCUCAAAAUUGCCUUUCAGCUUCUCCAAAGAGACUGCAUCUGUCUUGUCUUUUAGCCACAAUGUUGCUUGCCUCUAACCUGGAAAAGAGGGGAUGGAACACAGGGAUAGGGGGUGCCGGUAAUCCCAGGUGGAUAACUGGGAGGAGGUGCCCUUGGCAGGGCUUCAGAAAGCAGAAAGUGAGGUCGGGUGCUAGAGGGGCAGCUGAGUGGAUGGGAGUUGGCUGCCUGGUCUCUCCCAGCCCUUUGUUUUUGUACCAUGGCCUGUGGGCAAGAGCACAGUAGUGACCUAGAGGGGCUGGCCACCCCUGCCUCUAGCUUUGCAGGCCCAGGGGGCUAGUUGUGGGCCCUUAUGAAACACUCUGGAUGGGGCGGGGCAGGGUGCAAGAUGCUGCAACCUGUGGCAGGAUGGUUACUCCAUCAGUGGAGGAGGUGGACAGAGAGGGCUGGAGAGGCCUUGGCCCAGACUCCUUCUAGCUGGAUUGCCUGCUACUUACAAGGUGGGGAAUUCCCUGGCCAACCUACCAACGGAGCUAGAGCCUGCUGGGCAACCCACUCCUAGCUCUUCAAAGUUACAAGUCUUAGGGAGAAUCAGAACUGUUCCACAUCCUUCCUGGCUGAGUCCCUAGUGGGGACAGUCUCCUGAAUCUCCCAGGGAACAGGGCUUUGUUGAAGGCUGGCUUAGGGGAGGCAGCAGUAGGAGAUAGUACACUAAAAUGUUUAUGCACAGGGCCGCUGGACAACUUUCACCUGCUGCUAGCUGGGACGUGGGGCCACAGCCCUCCUGGGGCGCUGUUGGCUGGCGGGCCUGGGGAGAGCCAGCCUGUGAGGGAGGAGGCAGUGUGCUGAGUCAGCGUGACUCGCCAGGAACAGCCGCACUCUGGGGCAGCACUGGGGUUAUUUUUAAAGCUCAGGGCUUCCUUCUAGGCUUGCCCCUCCGCAUCUUAUUCCUCCUAAUCUCUCCCCCAGUCCCUUUGUCUUACUCUGCCUCCAUCCAGCCUCUAGUCCUUCCCCCCAUAAGGGCUUCCUGACACACCACCUUGGGGGCAGUUGGGUAGGGCAAAGCUCACCUCAGGAGAAGCAAGGCCAAGGGGUGUCCUCUGGUCAGGAGAGCCUGCUCGCUGUGCCCCCAGGUUAUGACGACCCCCAAUAAAGGAAACAAGGCCUUGAAGGUGAAGCGGGAGCCGGGUGAAAAUGGCACCAGCCUGACUGACGAGGAGCUGGUGACCAUGUCUGUGCGGGAGCUGAACCAGCACCUGCGGGGCCUGUCUAAGGAGGAGAUCAUCCAGCUGAAGCAGCGCAGGCGCACGCUCAAGAACCGUGGCUAUGCUGCUAGCUGCCGUGUGAAGCGGGUGACACAGAAGGAGGAGCUGGAGAAACAGAAGGCGGAGCUGCAGCAGGAGGUAGAGAAGCUAGCCUCGGAGAAUGCCAGCAUGAAGCUGGAGCUCGAUGCGCUGCGCUCCAAGUACGAGGCCCUGCAGAACUUCGCCAGGACCGUGGCCCGCAGCCCCGUGGCACCGGCCCGGGGCCCCCUUGCCACUGGCCUGGGACCCCUAGUCCCUGGCAAGGUGGCUGCCACCAGCGUCAUCACGAUAGUAAAGUCCAAGACGGAUGCCCGGUCAUAGGGAUGAGCGUCGUGUUUGUCCAGGCGGGUCUUCAAGGGGCCAUUAAGCACAUGGCUAAUUUGGCAGCCCCGUCUCUCUCUCCCCUCUCUUCUCUUCUCCUCCCUGCCCUUCCCUUCCCUUUUCUUCUCCUCUCCCCUCCUCACCUCCUUCCUUCCCUGCAAAGCACAACCUGCAUCCCAGGGGCACUGGGCUGAGCCCCUUUGAUCUCGUUGUCGUCGUGUGUUUUGUACGUUGGGAUUGGUCAGUUUGGUGGUGAUGUGGGGUCGCCCCUAACCUCUUUUGUACCAAGGCCCUGCAGUCUUGGAGUCCAGGGCUGGCACCGUGAGAAUGGAGGAGAAAGUGCUCAUAGGAUGGAGCAAGCGAGCCCUAGGCCUGUGUGUCCCUGAGUGGGGAGGGCUCCUGUCUACCCUCCACUCUCAGGUGGCUGCUGGCUGGGCUGGGAACACAGUUCAGCCCAGCCCAGUAGAAGGAGAUAGGCUCUUCUUUGAAGAGCAGGGUGUGCCACCAGCCUGGGUGCAGCAGGCACUGGGGGUGUGUAUGGCUGGAGGGCAGGGGCUACAGAGCUUGAGCCUGUCCCUUUGCGAUGAAAAAGACCAAAUCUCUGGUGGCGAGCUUACGUGAAGGGUGUGUCCUGUGUGUCCUUCGAUGGGUCCCGUGUCACUGUUUACAUGACCUAUUUGUGUGGUUAUAUAGCCCUUUAUUUAAAAGAGAGAAGUUCCUUUUACGAAGUUAUUAAAUUAUAUGUUUAAAAGCUAAAGAAAAAGAGCUGCAGAGUAUUUAUAAAACUGUCUUUUAAAACAAAAAGAACAAGCAAGAACAUUUGAUCAUAUAAUGGAAAAGGGAAGAAAGUAUAUUAGAAACUUUGCUAGUU